CAGUCUUGAAGUCAGCAUGGACAUGAAUUUGUCAGCGCGUUGUGCUUUGGUUCUUUUUCUGUUGGCAUUUGUAGAUUUGAAAAUAGUCUCUGCUGCAGAAACGGAAGGCACAUCUACAGCAAAGCCUGGAGUGUGCCCUGUUAGACGAUGGGGGAUAUGUGCAGAGUUAUGUUCCAAUGACAGUGACUGCCCCAAUGACGAAAAAUGCUGCCACAAUGGAUGUGGGCAUGACUGCAUUGCACCUUACACAGCAAAGCCUGGAGUGUGCCCUGUUAGACGAUGGGGCAUGGGGAUAUGUGCAGAGUUAUGUUCCAAUGACAGUGACUGCCCCAAUGACGAAAAAUGCUGCCACAAUGGAUGUGGGCAUAACUGCAUUGCACCUUACACAGCAAAGCCUGGAGUGUGCCCUCGUAGACGAUGGGGCAUGGGGAUGUGUGUGGAGUUCUGUUCCAAUGACAGUGACUGCCCCAAUAAUGAAAAAUGCUGCCACAAUGGAUGUGGGCAUAACUGCAUUGCACCGACACAGGUAGGAAUGGUCCCAGAGUGA